CAUUAGAACUCCAUAUCCCAGGAACACCCGCAGGAGAUCAACAAUCCCUUUUGCGCGAAAACGCAAUUUUAUAAAAUCAAUGUCCUCCCCAAUUGGAGCAAAUGAUGAUGAAGAUGAGGUGGAGUUUGUGUCAGAGGCUCCACUCAGACCUGUACUGGAAUGUAUUGAUUUACUGAGUGAUGGGGAAGACGAUGGAAGUUUACCCACAGCCGAGACAAUUGAAGAUGAGAAUGACCGACAGAAAGCUCAGGUCACCUCCACUUUGGACAGAUUAGCUCGCCAAGUGGCUGUGGCGAAUAAGGAAAGAGUAGAGAAGUGUAAAGCCUUCAAGGAGAAGCAAAUCUCACAAAAGGCUCAUGGACGGCAGGAGCUGGCAUUUAGUCCCAAUGGUAACGCAUACGACGCCAAGCGCUGUGUGGAUAUGUGGUUAAAGAUGCCAGGUGUGAAACCUGGGGUCAUCAAUACUGGAGCUAGCUGGAGACGCAGACAGGUCCCCUUUCCCACCAGUAGCUCAUCCACACAUACCUGUCCAGUGAUCAACUGUGGUCGGGUUUAUGACAACGUACCUCUCCUAGAAGGUCACUUGAAAAGGUUUGACCACUCUCCUUGUGACCCGACCAUCUACCUGAAAGGAAGCUCAGCUGAGCUGUUUGCUUGCGUUGCUUGUGGUCUUAAUUUUGAAACCAAAGAAGCUUGGAAGGUGCAUCAGCAGUCAAAGCUGUCCUUCCCUGAUAAAGACCAUGACCACACUCAGACCUGCCAGCCGAUCGUGUGCUUCGCCUGCCCUGCCUGCUAUCUCCUCUUUUACAUCAGGGACGAGUGCCUCCAGCAUAUGUCAGCCAAAAACCACUUCUCUCAGUCCAUCGUCAUGAGUGAAACUAAAGGGACAGCAUUGCCAGUUCCUUUCCCACGAUAUGCAAAGAAUCGUCUCAUUGCUUUGUGUAAGGAAGUUUCAUUCAGCGUGAGAUGUACGACAUGCCAGAAGGGGCUUAACUCACACAUGGAAGCACAGGCCCACUUCAAUGUGCAGUGCAGACAGGGCGCUGCCAAGGCUGAGGCAGAGAGAACAGUGGUGCAGGUCAUGAAACAACUACAAGUGCUGGGCCAGUGCGCAGUGUGUUGCAAACUGUUCCUCAACCAAGGUGAUGUUGAGAGGCAUAAAGAAUUGAGUCAGCACAAUACUGAGGUCAACUGCACCAUGGAAAAGGCAAUUCUGCUCUACAGCAAUUUCUAUGAAAUCCAACACGCCAAGAGGGCUGCAGCGACUUCACGGCCCAAACAGUCAAAAGGUUCUGUAACCCCCUCUCAGAAGAGGGACAAGGAGAGAGGUGAUUCUGUUGGAUCCCCAGCCAAGCGCCAGAGAUGCGGGGGAGCUUUGAAUGGCAGCGCUGGGCCCUCAAGGAGUUGCUUGAUAGUGGCAUGGUUUUGUGAGUGUGGCCAGCGCUUUUCAGAGGAGGACACUGCCAGCAAGCACCUUUUUGCUGCCAAUCAUAUCUUCCAUCAAUGUGGCGUGUGUGGAAAGCAUAUGGGCGAGUCGUCCAUCACUCGCCUGCACAUGAGCCGUUUUCACGGCGGUGCCCACCUCUCAAACUUCCUCUUUCACUGCCGGCUGUGCAAGGUUGACAUGCCGCGUCACGAGGACAUCCUGUUGCAUGUGUCAGAGGCCCACAGUGGACACACUUACUUCAGGGAGAGAGCGGUAUCGGACGAGGAGCCUGCUCCCAUUCCCUAUGCCAAACCCUCCACCAGUGGAAGACCCAGCGCCCUCAAUGAUAUCAGGACUAGAACUACAACUCCCACACCUCCUCCCAAACAGGAUGAGAGGUGGAUUUGCAGGAUGUGUGAAGACAUCUUUAACUCGGAGCGAGCUGUGCACAAGCACUGCAGAGACGUGAGCAACCACAGUUUCCAGAGAUUUUCCUGUGGCCACUGCCCACAGAAGUACUUCAAGGAGGCCACAGUACGCAGGCACUGUGUGAACGAGCACAGCAACCAAAUAGUGACGCGGUACUUCUGCGGGCUCUGUGACAGCAUGGAGUAUGACACUGAGGGGGAGUUCCAAGAGCACUAUAGGGGCCUUCACAGUAAGGACUACUACCGCAUGGAUGAGCCUGAGGUUGAUAGACCCAUUGAGGCCGAAAACUCCAGAUCCAGUCCAUUGGCAACAGCCAGUGACAGGCAUGAAUGUCUCUGUCCAUGCAUGUCAUCAGAAAAGGACAAAGAUGAAAGGAAGGCUACCUUCACACGAUGCAUGAAGCGGCUAUCCAGUGAAAACGAAUGCAGCUACGUGUGUGUACCAUGCGAUGUCCAGGUGUCCUCCUUUUCCCAGAUAAAGACUCAUGUCCACACUCAACACAAAGCCUUGGGGCUAGAGAAUACCUUUGACGUGGUGUGUGGAUCCUGUCAGGAGAGUCAUAAGGACGUUCCCAGUUUCCAUAACCACUACCACUCCCAGCACUGCCCUCUGGAACCAUGCUCAAGCUCCAGGGAUGGAGGUGAGAGUCGUAUGGGGAAGGCAGCAGCUUCCUCCCCUGUCAAGACAUUGGUUGCUAUGGAGAUCAAACCAGAAGUGAAUGAGGAGGAGUUUGAAGAUGUGAAACAUGCCAUUGCUAUGAACUUGGAUGAGGUCAGAGAUGACACUGAAGCUCAUGGAGGUGAAUCUGAUGAGGAGAUGAAGCGUGCCUUGGCUUUAAGUGUGGAAGACCCAAGAGAGCCAACUGACGUUGAUAUUGCAUUACAUGCUUGAAGAAUAACCUCGGUAGAUGGAGGAAGCGCUCAAAAGAAGCCUUUUGGAAUACUGAUCAGCGAAUGUUAUUUUCUGGGAACCUGUCAUUCAUUUGGUUUAUGGCAUUUUAUGUUUUAUGUGUAACAUAUCAGCUACUUUCAACAACACUUCAAGACAGGGUUGGACCGAUGUGAUUACACAGUAAUAACUAGUAACAACAUUAUUUGUGAACUAUAAAGAUUGAGCCAUACCAUGUAUGCAUCUUUAUCACAUGUUCAGAGCUUUUUAUUUAAUUUAAUAAAGAUGUUAAUUAUUUUCUCUUUC